AGUUGCAAAUGUAACCUUCAUGUGUCUGCUCGUGAUUAGUUUAUUCAUUUUUUGGUAAAAUUCUUCGUGCUUUUAGUGAAUACUUAUGUUGCUAGUAUCACAGACAUAUUAGUGAACUUAAAUAUUGACCUAAAAUUAAAAUACUUAGAACCUAAGAUUUAUCACAGAAUUUUGGAUUUUUUUCUGCUUAAACCGAAGAAACGUUUAUCACAAGAUUUAUCACAGGAAGAGUUUAAAAUGCGGAAUGACUUUGGAAUACUGUCGUAGGAACUAGGGAAGGACAUGGAUCCGGUGUAAGGAACGACGCCAGGUGAUGAAGAUAAUGACUAAACUGGUUGAGUGGUUGAUGGGAGCUGUCCUUAUCCUGGGACCCUGGACAGCUGUAGUGACCAGCACGGUCAAGAAUGAGUUUACUGAUCAGUACUUCAUAUAUAUCCUUCUCCUUCCUCUUGUAUUGGUUGCCAUGUUUGGUUUGGUAUCGGUGGCAAUAAUUGCACAUAGAGUCUACAAUUUCAAUGACUGCAAUGAAGCUGCAGAGGAGCUUACAAGACAGAUAAAGGAAGCCAAGGAAGAUUUAAGGAAGAAGGGACUAAAAAUUGACUAACACAAAAUGGGAAUUCUAGCUUGUUCUAAUUAUACCUUUGUGGUUGUGGUAGGAGAGCUUUGUUAAAAAAAUAUCGAGAUGGAUGUGUCAGAAUACAGUGCUUGAUUUUCUCCUUUGUAUUUUCUGUGAAUUCUCAGUGUCUAACGAAUAAUCUGGUUUCAGAAUAUUUUUGUAUGCUCGAGAAAUGUGUAAGAGAACUCACUUGUUAUUUAUUAUAUUCAUUUUAUAAUAAAAUAUAAAUUGAAAACAAAAA